GGGAGGAGCGAAGCUCGGUUGGAUCGGGAGAGGCGCGGGCCCUUCGUACAGACCCGACUCUGCAUUCCUCCAUCAUGCUGUCAUCAUUUCGCAAAGUCAGAGUUCAGAAAAUGGACCCUACCGGUGUGAAAGUGCUGGAGACAGCAGAGGACAUACAAGAGAGACGUCAGCAGGUGUUGGACCGGUACCACAGGUUCAAGGAGCUGUCCACCUUGAGGCGCCAAAAGCUUGAAGAUUCCUACCGGUUCCAGUUCUUCCAGCGUGAUGCAGAUGAGCUGGAAAAAUGGAUCCAGGAGAAGCUCCAGAUUGCGUCUGAUGAAAAUUACAAAGACCCAACUAAUCUGCAGGGAAAACUGCAGAAGCAUCAAGCCUUUGAAGCCGAGGUGCAAGCCAACGCGGGGGCCAUUGUCAGACUGGAUGAGACUGGGAACCAGAUGAUUAAUGAAGGGCAUUUUGCAUGUGAAAACAUAAGAACUCGACUUCAGGAGCUUCACCGGUUGUGGGAGUUGCUGUUGGAAAAAAUGCGGGAGAAGGGAGUCAAAUUGCUGCAAGCUCAGAAGCUUGUGCAGUAUUUACGAGAAUGUGAAGAUGUGAUGGACUGGAUCAAUGACAAGGAAGCGAUAGUAACUUCGGAAGAGCUUGGCCAGGAUUUGGAGCACGUCGAGGUCUUGCAGAAGAAAUUUGAGGAGUUCCAGACGGACCUGGCAGCCCACGAGGAGAGAGUGAACGAAGUGAACCAGUUUGCUGGCAAGCUUAUCCAGGAGCAGCACCCUGAAGAAGAGCUAAUCAAGUCCAAACAAGAUGAAGUCAACGCCAGCUGGCAACGCCUGAAGGGGCUGGCUCUGCAGAGGCAGGGGAAACUCUUUGGCGCAGCGGAAGUGCAACGUUUUAACAGGGAUGUGGAUGAAACUAUAAGCUGGAUUAAAGAGAAAGAGCAGCUGAUGGCUUCCGAUGAUUUUGGCCGAGACCUUGCAAGCGUCCAGGCCCUGCUCCGCAAACAUGAAGGCUUGGAAAGGGACCUGGCUGCUCUGGAAGACAAGGUGAAGGCUUUGGGUGCAGAGGCCGACAGGCUGCAGCAAUCCCACCCUCCAAAUGCCUCUCAGAUCCACGUGAAACGGGAGGAGCUGGUCGCAAACUGGGAGCAGAUUCGCACUCGGGCGGCAGAGAGACACGCUCGCCUGAAUGACUCCUACAGGUUGCAGCGAUUCCUUGCGGACUUUCGGGAUCUCACGAGCUGGGUGACGGAAAUGAAGGCUCUGAUUAAUGCUGAUGAGCUUGCCAAUGAUGUGGCGGGAGCCGAAGCCUUGCUAGACAGACAUCAGGAGCAUAAGGGAGAAAUUGAUGCCCACGAAGACAGUUUUAAAUCUGCGGAUGAAUCCGGUCAAACUUUGCUUGCUGCUGGUCACUAUGCCUCCGACGAAGUUAGAGAGAAGCUGACCAUCCUUUCGGAUGAAAGAACUGCCCUUCUGGAGCUGUGGGAGCUUCGUCGGCAGCAGUACGAGCAGUGCAUGGACCUGCAGCUUUUCUACCGGGACACGGAGCAGGUCGAUAACUGGAUGAGCAAACAGGAAGCCUUUUUGCUAAAUGAAGACCUUGGUGACUCCCUCGACAGUGUGGAAGCCCUGCUAAAGAAGCAUGAAGACUUUGAGAAGUCUCUCAGUGCCCAAGAAGAGAAAAUCACUGCCCUGGAUGAAUUUGCUACAAAACUGAUACAGAAUAACCACUAUGCUAAAGAAGACGUUGCUACCCGCAGAGACGCUCUCUUGAGCCGCCGUAAUGCCCUGCACGAACGGGCCAUGUGUCGUCGCACCCAGCUGGCAGACUCGCUCCACCUGCAGCAGUUUUUCAGAGACUCCGAUGAGCUGAAGAGCUGGGUCAAUGAAAAGAUGAAAACUGCAACCGAUGAGGCUUACAAGGACCCAUCAAACCUGCAGGGCAAAGUCCAGAAACACCAAGCUUUUGAAGCUGAGCUCUCGGCAAACCAGAGUCGCAUCGACGCCCUCGAGAAAGCUGGGCAGAAGCUGAUUGAUGUCAAACAUUACGCGUCCGAUGAAGUGGCCGCUCGCAUGAAUGAGGUCAUCAGCUUGUGGAAGAAGCUGCUGGAAGCCACUGAGCUCAAAGGGAUCAAGCUGCGUGAAGCCAACCAGCAACAGCAGUUCAACCGCAACGUGGAAGACAUCGAACUGUGGUUGUAUGAAGUGGAAGGGCACUUGGCGUCAGACGAUUAUGGCAAAGACCUCACCAACGUCCAGAACCUGCAGAAGAAACAUGCUCUGCUGGAGGCCGAUGUUACUGCUCAUCAGGACCGCAUUGACGGCAUCACCAUCCAGGCCCGUCAGUUCCAGGAGGCCGGGCACUUUGACGCGGACAACAUCAAAAAGAAGCAAGAGGCUUUGGUUGCUCGCUAUGAAGCUCUGAAGGACCCCAUGGUGGCGCGGAAGCAGAAGCUGGCCGACUCUCUCCGCCUGCAGCAGCUUUUCCGUGACGUCGAAGAUGAGGAAACCUGGAUCAGAGAGAAGGAGCCCAUUGCUGCUUCAACCAACAGAGGCAAGGACCUGAUUGGAGUCCAGAACUUGCUAAAGAAGCACCAAGCCCUGCAGGCAGAAAUUGCGGGUCAUGAACCGCGCAUUAAAGCCGUCACUCAGAAAGGAAAUGCCAUGGUGGAGGAAGGACACUUUGCGGCCGAGGAUGUGAAAGCCAAACUGAACGACCUAAACCAGAAAUGGGAAUCCUUGAAAGGCAAGGCCUCCCAGCGCCGGCAGGAUUUGGAAGACUCUCUGCAGGCCCAGCAGUACUUUGCGGACGCCAACGAGGCCGAGUCUUGGAUGAGGGAAAAGGAGCCCAUCGUGGGCAGCACAGACUACGGGAAGGAUGAGGACUCCGCUGAGGCUCUUCUCAAGAAGCAUGAAGCUCUGAUGUCCGAUCUCUCCGCCUAUGGCAGUAGCAUUCAGGCACUGAGGGAGCAGGCCCAGGCGUGUCGGCAACAAGUAGCUCCCACGGAUGAUGAAACUGGCAAAGAACUUGUCCUGGCUCUCUAUGAUUACCAAGAAAAGAGUCCCCGGGAGGUUACCAUGAAGAAGGGAGACAUCCUAACUCUCCUGAACAGCACCAACAAGGACUGGUGGAAAGUAGAAGUGAACGACCGUCAGGGCUUCGUUCCAGCCGCCUAUGUGAAGAAGUUAGAUCCAGCGCAGUCCGCGUCCCGAGAGAACCUGCUGGACGAGCAAGGCAGCAUCGCUUUACGCCAGGAGCAAAUUGACAAUCAGACUCUCAUAACUAAGGAAGUCGGCAGUGUAUCUCUCCGUAUGAAACAGGUCGAAGAACUGUACCACUCUCUCCUUGAGCUGGGGGAGAAGCGCAAAGGCAUGCUGGAGAAAAGCUGCAAGAAGUUCAUGCUCUUCCGCGAGGCCAACGAGCUCCAGCAGUGGAUCAACGAGAAGGAGUCCGCCCUCACCAACGAAGAGGUCGGAGCGGACCUGGAGCAGGUCGAGGUGCUGCAGAAGAAGUUCGACGACUUCCAGAAGGAUCUGAAGGCCAACGAAUCGCGCCUGAAGGACAUCAACAAGGUGGCGAACGACUUGGAGUCCGAAGGUCUGAUGGCCGAAGAAGUGCAGGCCGUGCAGCAGCAGGAAGUCUACGGGAUGCCUCGGGAUGAAACUGAUUCUAAGACCGCGUCUCCUUGGAAGUCUGCAAGAUUGAUGGUGCACACUGUGGCAACGUUUAACUCCAUCAAGGAACUGAAUGAGCGCUGGAGAUCUCUGCAGCAACUGGCAGAAGAACGGAGCCAGCUUUUAGGAAGUGCCCACGAGGUUCAAAGAUUCCACAGAGAUGCUGAUGAAACGAAGGAAUGGAUUGAAGAAAAGAACCAGGCCCUGAAUACCGACAACUAUGGGCAUGAUCUGGCGAGCGUGCAGGCGCUGCAGCGCAAGCACGAGGGCUUUGAGAGGGACCUCGCUGCUCUCGGAGACAAGGUGAACUCUUUAGGAGAGACUGCUGAACGCCUGAUCCAGUCUCACCCCGAGUCGUCUGAAGACCUCCAAGAAAAGUGCACGGAGCUGAACCAGGCCUGGAGCAGUCUGGGGAGACGCGCCGACACGCGCAAGGAGAAACUCGGGGACUCCCAUGACCUGCAGCGUUUCCUCAGUGAUUUUAGGGACCUCAUGUCUUGGAUCAAUGGCAUCCGUGGGCUGGUGUCCUCCGAUGAACUGGCCAAGGAUGUGACUGGGGCGGAGGCUUUAUUGGAGAGACACCAAGAACACCGCACCGAAAUAGAUGCCAGGGCUGGCACGUUCCAGGCGUUCGAACAGUUUGGCCAGCAGCUCUUGGCCCACGGCCACUACGCCAGCCCAGAGAUCAAGGAGAAAUUGGACAUCCUUGAUCAGGAAAGGACCAACUUGGAAAAGGCCUGGGCCCAUCGCCGAAUGAUGUUGGACCAGUGUCUAGAACUACAGCUGUUCCACAGGGACUGUGAGCAGGCAGAAAACUGGAUGGCUGCCCGUGAGGCUUUCUUAAAUACCGAAGACAAAGGGGAUUCCUUAGACAGCGUGGAAGCCCUCAUCAAGAAACACGAGGACUUUGACAAGGCCAUCAACGUUCAGGAGGAAAAAAUUGCAGCCCUCCAGUCUUUUGCUGACCAGCUGAUUUCCACCAAUCACUACGCGAAAGGGGUCAUUGCCAACAGACGCAAUGAGGUUCUGGACAGGUGGCACCGGCUGAAAGCUCAGAUGAUUAAGAAGCGCUCUAAGCUGGGAGAAUCUCAGACCCUCCAGCAGUUCAGCCGAGACGUGGAUGAAAUCGAGGCUUGGAUCAGUGAAAAGCUCCAGACUGCAAGCGACGAAUCCUAUAAAGAUCCCACAAAUAUCCAGCUUUCCAAACUCCUGAGCAAGCAUCAGAAGCACCAGGCGUUUGAAGCUGAGCUCCAUGCCAACGCUGACCGGAUCCGUGGCGUCAUCGACGUGGGGAACUCCCUCAUUGACCGGGGCGCUUGCGCAGGCAGCGAAGACGCCGUAAAGGUUCGCUUGGCUGCUCUGGCUGACCAGUGGCAGUUCCUGGUGCAGAAAUCGGCAGAGAAGAGCCAGAAACUGAAGGACGCCAACAAGCAGCAGAAUUUCAACACCGGGAUCAAAGACUUCGACUUCUGGCUUUCAGAGGUGGAAGCCCUGCUUGCGUCCGAAGAUUACGGGAAGGAUCUGGCAUCCGUGAACAAUCUCUUGAAGAAGCACCAAUUGCUGGAAGCCGACAUCUCCGCCCACGAGGACCGUUUAAAAGAUCUGAACAGCCAGGCUGAUGGCUUGAUGACCAGCAGUGCUUUCGACACCUCCCAAGUCAAGGACAAGCGUGACACCAUCAAUGGGCGUUUCCAGCGGAUCAAGACCAUGGCAGCAGCUCGCCGGGCGAAGCUGAACGAGUCCCAUCGAUUGCACCAGUUCUUCCGGGACAUGGACGACGAAGAGUCCUGGAUCAAAGAGAAGAAGCUGCUGGUGAGCUCUGAAGAUUAUGGCAGAGACUUAACUGGCGUUCAGAACCUGAGGAAGAAACACAAGCGUCUGGAAGCGGAACUGGCAGCACAUGAACCUGCCAUCCAGGGUGUGCUGGACACGGGAAAGAAGCUGUCGGAUGACAACACCAUCGGAAAGGACGAGAUCCAGCAGAGGCUGGCUCAGUUUGUGGAGCACUGGCAAGAGCUCAAGCAGCUGGCCGCCGCUCGUGGUCAGCGGCUAGAGGAGUCCCUGGAGUACCAGCAGUUUGUGGCCAAUGUGGAAGAGGAGGAAGCCUGGAUCAAUGAGAAAAUGACGCUAGUAGCCAGCGAGGACUAUGGAGAUACGCUGGCCGCUAUUCAGGGCUUGCUGAAGAAGCACGAAGCCUUCGAGACGGACUUCACCGUGCACAAGGACCGAGUGAACGACGUCUGUGCGAAUGGCGAGGACCUCAUCAAGAAGAACAACCACCACGAGGAGAAUAUCACUGCCAAGAUGAAGAGCCUGAGGGGCAAAGUGUUGGACCUGGAGAGAGCAGCCGCCCAGCGGAAGGCCAAGUUGGACGAGAAUUCUGCCUUCCUCCAGUUCAACUGGAAAGCUGAUGUGGUGGAGUCUUGGAUAGGUGAAAAAGAAAGCAGCCUCAAGAAUGACGACUACGGACGGGAUCUCUCUUCCGUACAAACGCUUCUCACCAAACAGGAAACCUUUGAUGCCGGGCUCCAGGCCUUCCAGCAAGAAGGAAUCGCCAACAUCACCGCCCUGAAAGACCAGCUCCUGGCAGCCAGACACGUCCAGUCCAAAGCCAUCGAGGACCGGCACACCUCGCUCAUGAACCGCUGGAACCAGCUGCUGGCCAAAUCCGCCGCCAGGAAGAAGAAACUCCUGGAGGCCCAAGAGCAUUUCAGAAAGGUAGAAGAUCUGUUCCUGACCUUUGCCAAGAAGGCGUCUGCCUUUAACAGCUGGUUUGAGAAUGCCGAGGAGGACCUGACGGACCCCGUGCGCUGCAACUCGCUGGAGGAGAUCAAGGCGCUGCGUGAGGCACACGACGCUUUCCGCUCCUCGCUGAGCUCCGCCCAGGCAGACUUCAACCAACUGGCUGAGCUGGACCGCCAGAUCAAAAGCUUCCGGGUCGCCUCCAACCCAUACACCUGGUUCACCAUGGAAGCCCUCGAGGAGACCUGGAGGAACCUGCAGAAAAUAAUCAAGGAACGUGAACUGGAACUGCAGAAGGAGCAGCGCAGGCAGGAGGAGAACGACAAACUGCGGCAGGAGUUUGCUCAGCACGCCAACGCUUUCCACCAGUGGAUCCAGGAGACCAGGACCUACCUGCUUGAUGGCAUAGCAUACCGUCGUGUCAUUCGUGUCUAUCAGUAUGAAGUUGGGGAUGAUCUGUCUGGAAGGUCUUGUAUGGUGGAGGAAUCGGGAACUCUGGAGUCACAGCUGGAAGCAACGAAACGCAAGCACCAGGAGAUCCGGGCCAUGAGAAGCCAGCUGAAGAAGAUUGAAGACCUUGGAGCGGCGAUGGAGGAAGCUCUUAUCCUGGACAACAAGUACACGGAGCACAGCACCGUGGGGCUGGCACAGCAGUGGGACCAGCUUGACCAACUGGGGAUGAGAAUGCAGCACAAUCUCGAGCAGCAAAUACAGGCCAGGAACACGACUGGAGUCACUGAAGAAGCCCUCAAGGAGUUCAGCAUGAUGUUUAAACACUUUGACAAGGAUAAAUCUGGUCGCCUGAAUCACCAGGAAUUUAAAUCCUGCUUGCGCUCCCUAGGCUACGAUUUGCCUAUGGUGGAGGAAGGAGAACCCGAUCCGGAGUUUGAAGCUAUUCUCGACACAGUGGAUCCUAACAGGGAUGGACACGUCUCCCUGCAAGAAUACAUGGCGUUCAUGAUCAGCAGGGAGACGGAGAAUGUGAAAUCCAGCGAGGAAAUCGAAAGCGCUUUCCGUGCCCUCAGCUCGGAGGGCAAGCCCUACGUGACCAAGGAGGAACUCUACCAAAAUCUGAGCCGGGAACAAGCAGACUACUGCAUCUCUCACAUGAAGCCGUACAUGGACAGCAAAGGCAGAGAGCUUCCGUCUGCCUACGACUACGUGGAGUUUACGCGCUCGCUCUUCGUGAAUUGAUAUCCAGCAGUCGCGCUGUAGAAUCCCCCGAGUACGUGCUUGCCUCUUAGCUUCUCUGCAUGCGUCGAGCGUUGUGUUCGAAAGUAAUCAAUGUUACCUUUCACAUGUUAACCUUAAAACUGCUUAGCUUAAACUCUAUUCUUAGUACAAGCAGCCAACAGUGUUGCAGUGUGCUUCAAUAAAAGUUACUGGUCCAAGUGAAA